AUGACACAAUCUUCUUCUGACCCUCCCGACAUAGACAACCCACGCCCUGGUGCAUUAGCAAAAGCUCAUGGAGUGUUUGAUAGCUUGUCGAAUCGACAACCCAGCACUGGCAACAACAAUGGCAAGACACUCCCAUUAGCUGAAUCGCCCUCCACUGUCAGCGCCGGCGACACCACUGCUCCUGCUGCUUCCGUCAACAAUGGAAACAAUGGCAACUCGUUGCGCGACUUGGGUGGCUCCGUUGCCCUCAAUGAAAAAACCGAACCAGCCAAAUCUGAGUUUGGCUACUUCAGCUCUGCGCCUGGGAACAUCGCACCGGCUACAUCAUCGCAAGAUGAGAGGCAGGGGUCUAUCGUAGAGACCAAAGAUGGUCACAUUGACAAGAAUAAUACAAACAAAACAAACCCUAUCGACCAUGCUGGUGACGAUGGUUCCCAAAAGACAAAUAAGCGAACUUUUAUCCAAGAGGUUCGCAGAUCCUUUUGGCUCGUCGUCACCUAUAGCUGGCUGAAUGUGCUGUUGGUCUUCGUCCCUGUCGGAAUCAUUGUCGCCAACAUCCCCGGUGUAAAUGGCGGCAUCGUGUUUGCUAUGAACUGUAUCGCUGUUGUACCCCUCGCCGGAUUGCUUAGCCACGCAACCGAAUCUGUGGCCAGUAAGAUGGGUGACUCCCUUGGCGCCCUGCUUAAUGUCACGUUUGGCAACGCUGUUGAACUCAUCAUUUUUAUCAUAGCUUUGGUCAAAAAUGAGAUUCGCAUUGUGCAGGCGUCGCUUCUUGGCUCCAUCUUGGCAAAUCUGUUGCUCAUUCUUGGCAUGGGAUUUUUCCUUGGCGGUCUUCGUUUCCGGGAACAGGUCUACAACAGCACUGUAACACAAAUGAGCGCAUGUCUACUCAGUCUCAGCGUUAUUAGCCUGGUACUGCCCACGGCAUUCCACGCCUCAUUUAAAGACGACAAACUGGCAGAUUCCGAAUCUCUGAAAAUCAGCCGCGGAACCAGUGUUAUCUUGCUUCUUGUGUAUAUUAUCUACCUCUUGUUUCAGCUCAAGUCUCAUGCAUACAUGUAUGAAUCUACGCCUCAGCAUAUUGUAGAUGCUGAGUCGACACCUGGGCCAGCCGCAGCAUGGCUAGACACCUCUAGCAGUUCGGAUGACGAUACUUCAUCUAGUUCGGAUUCAGACUCGUCUGGGCACUCCAAAGACACCAUUGGCUACAAAAUGAAGAAAGUGUUACGGAAUGGAAUGCGAAGAAAGUCUUCGCUCGCCUCUAUAGACACGGCCGAUGCCAGAGCCAUGCGAAAUACCUCUGUUGGCGGUAGUAACCCAAGCCCAAAUGAGGAGGCCAUAUCUGAGGCAUCGUCGUCCCGCAAGCCCUACUUUCCCCGGAUGCCCUCAACUGAUGAUGCCGAUACUACUGAUGAUGAAAAGGGCCGGCGGCGAAGGCGUCGAAAGCAUCGACAUUCAUUCAAAAAGCAAAAAAGGGGAAAUCAUAAGCAUGGAAAGCGCAAUGCCGAGAAAACCACCAACACAAUGCCUGAAAAUGGUACACAAGCAGGUGGCAGCUCUGAGCCACGCCGGGUUGACUUUGCCCUUCCUGCAGAAGCAGAUCACACGAAUGAUGGGGUAGGAGAGAGCGGGAACGAGUCUGGCAACGCCAAACGGCCAUUCCAAAGUUUUCGGUCCCUUUCCGUCAAGAAUCUCGCCCCAACCGUCUUUGUUCAGAAACCAACUGCCAUGGUCGACGCUCCCCCUAUGCCAGCCGGACCAGUUCCACGCGUGCGAUACGGCAUCCGUCGCACCAAUUCUUUGCCUGAUCGUCUCGGCCAGCAGCAGCAAAUCCGCCCCCCUGGAGCCAUGUUGCCGGCCCAGAUACCUCUGAUGUCUCUCAACACCGCCGCCACUGCGACUAACGGACACGAUGAAGAUGAACACUUGACGCGUUGGGCAGCCGUCAUUCUUCUUCUCCUCAGCACUGGAUUGGUGGCUGUCUGUGCCGAGUUCCUCGUUGACUCUAUCAAGGAGGUUACCGAGCACUCGAGUCUUAAGGAAGUCUUUAUCGGUCUCAUCAUCCUCCCCAUUGUUGGCAACGCGGCAGAACACGUCACGGCUGUUACAGUUGCAAUGAAGAACAAGAUGGAUCUUGCCAUUGGUGUCGCAGUUGGCAGUUCGAUCCAGAUUGCCCUUUUUGUAACGCCUCUGGUGGUCAUCUUGGGUUGGAUCAUGGACAAGGAAAUGACUCUGUACUUUACCUUGUUUGAAACAGUGUGUCUGUUCGUUUCGGCCUUUAUCGUCAAUUUCUUGGUCUUGGAUGGUCGCAGCAACUACCUGGAAGGUGCACUUCUGUGCGCGGUCUACAUUAUCAUUGCUGUUGUUGCAUUCUUCUACCCGGAUCCGAAGGACGCCAGCUCAUGGGGUAGUUGA